UUAACUCCCCCCAGUUUUACCCCUUUAUCGACGUCCGGUUUGGUCCCCUACUCCGAUUCCCUUUGGCUUCCCCUCUCCUCCUCGUCUUGUCCCUUGACUUCGUUUCCUUGCCCGACUAUGAUUUUUAGGCGAUUCCCAGUCACCCUAAAGUCUGCUCCCCCAAUAUCUCCGUUCCCCGAAAUUAAACAGCAAUUAGAGUUGGUCCCUUUAUCGACUCACCGUCCCGUCCGGAUCGGUCCCCCCGAAAUUAAACAGCAAUUAGAGUUGGUCACUUACCUCGUCUUCCCAUCCCGUUCCAGAUCAGUUCCCCAACCCUGAUUCCCUUAGCUUCUCCUCCACGCCUAGUUCCGGGCUUUGUUUCUUCGAUUGCUCGCCCAAAAGGAUUUUUAGGCCAUCCGCAGUCCCCCUAAUGUCUGGUCCCCCAACACCCCAGUUUCC